AUGCCCAUGCGGGAUCGAAUGGACAUCGUCCACGCCCGCUUGGGCAUCGCGACACUUGACGCUGUCGGAUAUGAUGAUGAAGCUGGUCUUGACGAGACCGUAGCCUCCGAAGGCAAACUGCUGCAAGAGGCAAUUGGUAUUGACGGAUAUGCGAGUGGUUCUCACGCCAGCCAAGACGGGACGGACAUGGACAUCGCGUUGCCGAGGCGCCACCACCGUGUAUCUACUGGCGAAGUGGUUGAGCACGCUUACUUUCACCUACUUCGAGCCCAGGCGGGCGAAGAGAUUGAUCCCGAUGACUACGCUCAGCACAAGCUUUUCGCGGCCGCUAACAUGGAAGCAUUCGCGGCGUGGUGCUCGUUGUACCAGACCCGGCUGCAGAUUCCUCCCACUCUCAGACGCAGUAACCCUCGAAGUGGUUGUUGA